AUGGAGACAUCAAAAGUAAUUCCACAAAAAGGAAGAUAUGAAAAAGUUAAACAUCUUGGUGAGGGACAAUUUGCUAAUGUUUAUCUUGCAAAAGAUACCAUAACGAAUGACUUAGUUGCUAUAAAAAAGAUUAAACUUGGUUCAAUAACAGAAGUUAGAGAUGGAAUUAAUCGUACAGCUUUACGUGAAAUUAAGUUACUUCAAGAAGUGAAGCAUGAUAAUAUUAUUUGUUUGAGAGAUGUCAUUGGUCACAAAAAAAAUAUCCAACUUGUUAUGGAUUUUAUGGAAACUGACUUAGAAAUUGUAAUUAAAGAUAAAAGUCUUGAAUAUCUCCAUAGUAAUUGGAUACUUCAUCGUGAUUUAAAACCUAACAAUUUACUUAUUAACAGUAGUGGGCGUGUCAAAAUUACUGACUUUGGUUUGGCAAGAUUUUUUGGUUCUCCAAAUAAACAAUAUACAUGUCAAGUUAUUACUAUUUGGUAUCGUCCCCCUGAAUUAUUAUAUGGAGCUUCAAGUUAUAAUACCUCAAUUGAUAUUUGGUCUAUUGGAUGUAUAAUUGCUGAAUUACUUCUAAGAACACCAAUAUUUCCAGGAAGAUCAGAUAUUGAUCAACUUUCUAAAAUUUUUCAUAUAUUAGGGACACCAAAAUUAGAAGACUGGCCAUUGAUGGUAGAUUUACCAGGAUAUUGUGAACCAAAACCAGAACCUGGUAUUGAACUAAAUCAAGUUUUUACAGCAGCCAGUGAAGAUUUAUUAGAACUAAUAAAAGGAACAUUUAUAUUUAAUCCACUAAAAAGAUACACUGCAACUAAAUGUUUAGAAAGUAACUAUUUUAAAUCUCAUCCAUAUGCAUGUGCUGAUAAUGAAAUUCCACUUCCAAGUAGUGCACGAGAAAAUCCAUUAUUAAAAGCAUCAAAACAGAGGAGAAAAAUUAAUGUUAAUGAUGAGGCAACAGUUCGUAGAAGAUUGGAAUUUAACUAG